AUCUGUUUGUGUCAAAAAUGUCUUUUUUAUGAUAAAAUAAAUCUGCACAUAUUUUCAGAACAUCUGACUAUAUGCUUGUGUGUGUGUGUAAAAUGCUAAAGAUAACCCGCACAGUGCAUGUGGCUCAAAUAAACACAGACAUGGACGGACAGACCUGCACCCACAGCCAAAAUUGUAUGCAAAGUGAGCAUGCAGGGAAAAACCGCCUCUAAAAACAGACGUGUUAAUCAGUAACAUCUAAAGAGUCUGCACACACAGACGCGAGCACACACAGAUACACACCCUAACUUUGAUGAGAAGUAGACUUUUUCUCUAUAAAGCUGCCAAACUGAGUGUCAAUCCCAAGUUAAAUAAACAAUAGUACCUAUUGUACUAUUGUACUAGUACUUGAUUUAUAGAACACACUCACAGGUUUUGUUCCAGUAGUUUCUUCGUGCCACAUUUGCAAUGUCAGGUAGUAAAAGUGACUCAUUGGUGUAUCAUGUAUUGUAUUUCUGUAUGAUUUUGACCUGUUUCGAUACUUUCAUUCCAAAAGAAAGACAGAAAAGAAAUUCUACCUUUUCCUGAAAUCCACGUUUCCUUUACUGCGGUUACCAAGUACCUCGUGGCUUAAAAUGUAACAGUCAAAACUGAGUUCAUAGAUCUUUCUCUCCACUAGUAAAGACUAGUGAUUUUUAUCCUUAAGCUGUAAGGCUCAGAGUAAAAUGCAACUGUAAUAGAAAUUCAGUCAGGUAAUAAACAUAACCAUUAUGUGUCAUUAAAAACCUUUGUCUUUAUGGGACUUUUGUUUGCAUGAAAGCUUUCGCUUUUGAUUCAUUCGAUACGUGUUGCUGAGGACACAUCUCUACUUGGACUUGUCGUAACAGAACUUUUAAAUGUCAUCUUGCUGCAACUCCAACUUUCUUUCACCCCCUACAGCACGAAACACACCCCUUUUGUGGAAAAGCCACAUUUACAUUAUUGGGAGUAGGGAAAGGCUCUUCACUUACUGAUGAAAUACAGAUGGCGUCUCCAUGGAGUGCAUGCCUGUUGUUCGUGCACGUACAAGCGCAUGCAUGUUCGCAUAUAAAAAGUGACAAACCAUCGAAUGUGUUGGAUGUUACUCAGCUGCCUUCGAGGAAACUCGUUCUGUCAUUCGUAGCAGCUUCUGGUUGUCUUGCUCUAAUGGCUGAAUGGAGCUGGGUGGCCUACACAGUACUGGAAGUGCUUAUUGCUGCAGCAUGUUGCUUUGGUAACGUGUUGGUGAUGUGUGCUGUGUGUUUCGGUAUCCGGGAUUCCCUUCGGGAACCAACAUUCUGCUUCCUCGUGUCCUUGGCAGUGGCUGACUUCCUUGUGGGUGUGGCCGCUGUGCCCCUUGCAGUAUUAUUGGAUGGCUGGGUGAGUCUAAUCCCUGAGUUGUGCCUGCUUCUCAGCUGUGUUGUGCUGGUGUUGACGCAGGCAUCUGUGCUGUCACUGCUAGCAAUUGCUGUGGACCGAUACCUGCGGUUGCACACACCACUCAGAUACAAAGCCUUGGCCACACAAAGGCACACAUGGAUCGGCGUGUCUGUUUGCUGGAUGCUUUCAUGUCUCCUUGGCUUCACUCCUCUAUUCGGCUGGCACAAUUACUCCUCCCCAGCAUCUGAUUCCACCAACACAUCUUCCACUUCUUUCAUCCGUCCGCCGUGCACUUUCCUCUCAGUUAUCUCCCUCCCUUUCAUGGUCUACUUCAACUUUCUCGGAUGUGUCAUGGCACCCCUGCUGGUCAUGACCCUCCUCUACACUCGAAUCUUUUGGAGCCUACAGGGACGUCUAAAGGACAGCUGCCCUCAGUCCCGGGCCUCUCUGCUCAGGGAGAAGAGGCUGGCCUGCUCCCUGGCUCUCGUCCUCAUCUUGUUUGCUGGCUGCUGGAUUCCUCUCCACCUGAUGAACUGUCUGCUGUUGUUUCAAGGCCCUCAGGCUGUCACACAGGGAACGCUCUAUACAGGUAUUCUCCUGUCUCACGCCAACUCAGCAGUCAACCCUGUGAUCUAUGCCUGUCGCAUUCCAAAGAUCCAGCAGGCCUACGGUCAAUUAUGGAGGCGCUUCCUUGCGUGGUUAAACUGCUGCCAUCGGGAAAAAGCAGGUUCGCAGAUCAUUAACAUGCAGCUGAGCCAUUAACAUGCACAUCUGG